AUGGCUCAGAGUAGCCAGCUACAUCACAAUGUCACGCCGACAGGGACCAUCAUCAACGAACCCAUUUUCCCGAAUAUCGGCACCACCCCAGCCCUUGCGACAGGGAACGAGCUUAGCCUGAGCGCUGCCAAAGGGCCGUCUCCAGCGAGCAUGUCGCAACAAGCAAUCGCUACGCAGCCUGAGAAGCAAACAGACUCACCAAGCCCAGCACCACAGCAAGAUGAGCCCGCAUCAUCGCGUCCCACGCAACAAAGAUGGGCGACGGAGCGACCGAAGCCGUCAACUAAGCACUCACUCCUCGGCAGACUACAAUCUGGCCCUCGCAGACAGAACUCGUCACAGUUGUUGUAUAAGCCAGCAACAGCUGUCACCUUCGAUCCCUACUCGUCCGAAUCCGACUCCUCCGAAGAUGAGCGCACGCCCAACAAGAGCCUCAGUCACAACAACGCAAUAGCCGGGGAGGAAUCUAAGAAACGCCGCACUAGCACUGCUGGGCCGUUCUCUCGCCUCAAGUUCACCAAUGAGGCGCUCACGACUCGAGGCAGAAUAUCAAAGUCGGAUGGGCGCCUGAAGCUUAGUCUGCUGGAGAAGGAUGGCGACCAGGGUUAUUUGGCGAAGGCGCUGGGCGCGGUGCUGAGCAAACACACCAAGAAUGAGGACGACUUGACUGGAUAUGACAAGAGAGAUAUUGAGGCCCAGAAGAUCGCACCCGAGGACGAUGAGAUGGAACACGACCUUUCGCGGAGGGUAAAGCUCAACAUCGUCAUAAUCAUCAUCGGGUCCCGGGGAGACAUACAGCCCUUCAUUCGGAUAGGCAAGAUACUGCAGAACGACUACGGGCAUAGGGUACGGAUGGCAACACAUCCCUCGUUCAAGGACUUUGUGGAGAAGGAUUCCGGGCUCGAGUUCUUCUCCAUUGGUGGCAACCCGGCUGAGCUCAUGGCCUUCAUGGUGAAGAACCCCGGCCUGAUUCCAAACCUCGACACCAUCAAGGAAGGUGAGAUUGGUCGGAGAAGAGCUCAGAUGUACGAGAUGUUUCAAGGGAUGUGGCGGGCAUGCAUCAACGCAACCGACGACGAGACCGACAAGGCAAAUGCCAAAAUGAUGGGCGACAAGGAACCCUUCGUGGCUGAUGCAAUAAUCGCCAACCCUCCUAGCUUUGCUCCUCCUCACAUCGCCGAGAAGCUCGGUAUACCUCUGCAUAUGAUGUUCACAUUUCCCUAUACCCCCACAGUCCACUUCCCGCAUCCUCUAGCGAACAUCAAAACCAGCAACGUCGAGGCCACGUACAGCAACUUCAUGUCAUACCCGCUCGUAGAAAUGAUGACUUGGCAAGGCUUGGGCGAUCUCAUUAAUCGCUUCCGUUCCAAAAUUCUGCGGUUGGAGGAGGUCAGCACUCUCUGGGCGCCAGGCCAACUCUACCGACUCAAAGUUCCAUACACCUACAUGUGGUCUCCCAGCCUCAUUGCCAAGCCGAAAGAUUGGGGCCCGGAAAUCGACGUCACAGGAUUCGUGUUCCUCGACCUCGCAUCCAGCUUUACUCCGCCAGAUGAUCUGAAGGAAUUUUUGGACAAUGGCGACCCACCCGUGUAUAUCGGAUUCGGCUCAAUUGUUGUUGACGAUCCGGAUGAGUUCACCAAACUAAUCUUUGAAGCCGUCAAGAUCGCUGGCUGUCGCGCCUUGGUUUCGAAGGGCUGGGGUGGGUUUGGUUCAAAUUCAGAUUGCCCCGACAACAUCUUCAUGCUGGAAAACACUCCUCACGACUGGCUCUUUCCGCGAUGCGCUGCAGUCGUCCACCACGGCGGUGCGGGUACAACCGCUAUUGGAUUAAAGACCGCUAGGCCUACGAUGAUCGUACCCUUCUUUGGUGAUCAACCAUUCUGGGGUGCCAUGGUCAGCAAGGCAAAGGCUGGAGCACACGAUUGCAUACCAUACAAGAAGCUCAACGCGGAACGUCUUGCCGAGGGCAUCAAGCAAUGUCUCACUGAGGAGGCCAGGGAGAAUGUCAAGAAGAUUGCGAAAAGCAUUGAAGAUGAAGGCGAUGGUGCGCUUAAUGCCGUACGCUCUUUUCAUCGAUCACUUCCACUACGUGGGGAGGGCAGCAUGCGCUGUGACUUUCUCGACAACCGUGUAGCGACCUGGAAAAUCAAGAACACUGAUGUCAAGCUUUCCGCACUUGUAGCAGACCUCCUGGUUGAGAAGAAGAAACUUAAGUGGAAUGAACUCCGCCUCUUGCGACAUUACGAGUGGAACGAUUUUGGUGGCCCUGGUGAACCGCUGACAGGUGUCUGGGGCAGCAUCAUGACAAGUCUCACAGAUGCAGCCACGGGCGUUGGAGGUGUACCGGUUGAGAUGGGCAAGAGCAUACAGAAGCGCGAGAAGCUGAGGGAGAAGAAGCGCGCCAUUCAGAAGAGGAAGCAACAUCAGAAGUCCACGCUGUCUAGGGUGAAUUCGAGCACAGUCGAUGGCGCUGUGGCAGAGGGCUCGGAGAAGAAGCAGGAAAAGAACGGCCGUCCAACUGCAAAGCGAGGAGAGUCGUCGCUGUCAAAGCUGGAAGAGCCUGAGGAAGAACUCGGAGAAGAGCUUGCUCAUGAAGCAGGCGCCGGGUUUAGGAAAACGGGCGGUGCAAUCGCGCGCUUCCCUAUGAACUUCACCCUAGCUUUGACGCAAGGCUUUCACAACGCACCUCGUCUCUAUGGAGACGAGACUGUUCGCAGGCCUCCGAGAGUCACCGGCUUCCACUCUGGCCUGCGCGCCGGUCGUGACGAGCUUAUUUAUGGAGUCAAAGAUGGUGUCACAGGUCUCGUCACUCAACCGAUUCGCGGAGCAAAACAGAAAGGCGUCGUAGGCGCAGCUCGAGGCGUAGGCUUUGGCAUCGGUGGUUUUGUCCUCAAAGACAUUGCAGCUAUCAUCGGGCCUGGCGCAUAUCUGAUGAAGGGUCUGGACGCAGAAUACAUGAAGCGAUACCAACCCACCAACUAUCUACGCCGCGCGCGCAUCGCCCAGGGUCAGCGCGAACUCCAGUUGCUCGAGACCCAAGCCCGCGUCGCCCGCAUCGACGAAGCCAAAGAAGGCUCAAACAAGCCCGUCGAGAAGCGCGACAUCAUCGAGCAGAAAGUCAGUACACGUUGGCAAGCCCUCCAACAAGGCAUGAACGACGAAAAGAAGCACCAUAAGCCUGGCCUCGUAGGCUCACUGCUCGGCCUGGGCGACAAAAAAGAAGGCCAGCGCGUGCCCCGCAAAAGCAAAGAAUACGCCACCGACCGCCCAGUUCAAGGCUCUAUCCCGCACGCAAAAACGGAGAAACAAGUAACUAAAGAGAAACAAAGCAUGGAUCGCGAGGGCGCGAAGAUGAGACUUGAUGGCGGCCAUCGUGGACUCAAUCGGAGUAGCACCGCGCCCAUCACCACGCUCGAACACAAGGGCACAAACGACAUGAAGCCGCUCGAGCGACCGAUGGGUUCGGCGAAGCCGACGGAUAUUAAAGAACAGCAGGAGCCAGAGGAUAUGGUUGGGAACGUCCAUCUCGCCGCCGGCGGUGAGAAGAAUCAAUCUGAUGAGAAUAUCGAUCAGUCGGCUGAUAAGCAGGAUCAUCUUACGGUGGAAGAAGCGAAGGAUGAGAUGAGGCGGCCGAGUGCGGAUACGGGUUCUGAGGAGACGAAGGUCGAGACCGAUGGGGUCGAUUGGGCGAUUAUGAGGAAGCAGGCAGAAGGGGUGGAGGGGAGGACGUUGGAUUUGAACGCGAGUGCGAGGGCGUAGGGUGUAGAUGUCUGUUUGUUUUUGUGCGUGCAGUGUAGUUUGAGAUACCCCCUUUUGUAGAAUUGGAUGUGUUACAUUAUU